AUGCACAUUAUACAAUCUGAUUAUUUUGGCUUCCUACUGCAGCAGCAGCAGCAGCAGCAGCAGCAGCCACAGGCGUCCCAGCCUGUCAGGCCCCUGCAGCCUUCCGCGGCCCCCACUGGGAAGUUGACGCGAGCAGAGAAGAAGAGGAAGCGCCUGGAGGCGGAAGCGGUCGAAGCCCGCAAGCGAGGUCAUGCGGAGUAUCGCGCUGAACUUGCGUCCAAGGGCAUUUUUGUCCCGCCGGACAUGAUGCAGCCGGAAAAGCCGGCGCGGACCCUAACUCCUGGACAGCAACUGCGUAAGCAGGAGCUGUGUGCGGCGUUAGUGGAAAGCAAAGGCAGCCUGAAGACGCUGAAGGCGAUAAAGCGUGGUCUCACCAAGGCACUAGGCGACUUCGAGCAGAAGUUGAGGGAACAGGAAGGUCUCCACGGGGAGAUCAUUACUGAACUCAAGACUCUCUCGUAG